CUCGGCGGCCCAGCGAUUCGCUCCUACCGGAGCCGGCCAGCUCCAUGGCCUCCAGGCAGGCUGAGCCGGACCGCACAAGGUCCUAGGAGCUGGGAUUCGGGGAAGCAGGGAGCAUGGUGGGGGUCCUGGCCAUGGCGGCUGCAGCUGCUCCCCMUCCAGUGAAGGACUACGAGAUUGAGCCAUGCAAGAAGCGACGAAAAGAUGAUGACCGAUCUUCCUGUAAAACAAUUACAAAAUAUUUAUCACCGAUAGGGAAGACUGGAGACAGAGUUUUCUCUCCACCAAAAUCUAGUAAUAUUAUGGAUUAUUUUAGAAAGACUUCACCCACAAAUGAGAAGACACACUCAGUGAAAGAGUGUAAGAUAAAGUCAUCUGCACCAUUGCCUGUUGACAAUAACAAAGAUUGUAAAAAACCUUUGGACACAUUCUCAAAUACAGUAUUUAAGAAGAAAGUAAAGAGGGUUAAUUUAUCUCAACAGCUAAAUAAUAUAAAAACUGAGAAUGAAUCUCCAAUUGAAAUUAAUAGUGAUGAUAGCAAAGAAGACUGUAGUUUAAAUAAUGAUUUUGUGGAAAAUAGUGCUUCUGUUUUACUUUACAAUAAACAUGUGGAGGUUCUUGUAGAAAGCAUUCAUGAUGUUGAAAGACAGUCAAAUGCUAUGACUUUCAAGAAAAAUUCUAAGAAAGUGAAUCCUAAACAAAGGAUGACAAAAGGUGAUUGUAAAAGGUUAGGAAAAAGGAAAUACAGAGAUGUAAUAGAUCUAUCUGAAAGUUUACCCUUGGCAGAAGAACUAAAUCUGCUUCAAAAUAGUGAUAAAGACAGCAAAGAGAUAGUAUCUUCCCUAACUAAUGAAAUUGAGAGUACUACAAAUGAUGCAAACUCUAGUGAUCAUGUUACUGAAACAGCCCAUUUAAAUGAUUGUACGAUAACUGUCUCAUAUGAAGAAUUUUUAAAAAGUCACAAGGAAAAUAAAGUGGAACAGAUACCAGACUCAACAAUGUCAAUUUGUUUACCUUCUGAAACUGUUGAGGAAAUAGGCCCAAGUGGUUAUAUAAGUGAAUCAGAAAACUGUGAGAUAUCUCAGCUGAUGCGCUUUAAGACAGUUACUGUCCUUGCACAAGUUCACCCCAUUCCUCCAAAAAGGACAAAGAAAAUACCCCCAAUUUUCUUGAAACAAAAGAAAUUUGAGAUGGAAAAUAGUCUUUCCGAUCCUGAGAAUGAACAGACAGUUCAGAAAAGAAAAUCUAAUGUUGUUAUACAGGAGGAAGAAUUAGAAUUGGCUGUGUUGGAAGCUGGAAGUUCUGAAGCUGUGAAACCAAAGUGUACCCUAGAAGAAAGGCAGCAGUUUAUGAAAGCAUUUAGGCAGCCAGCAUCAGAUGCAAUUAAAAAUGGUGUCAAAAAGUCUUCAGAUAAGCAGAAAGACCUCAAUGAAAAAUAUUUAAAUGAAGAAGGACAAGAUAAUAAUUCUAAGAAAAUCAUGGAAAAUCCUAAUAUUCAAAUGGUUUCAAAUGGUAGUUCACAGUCACACAGUGAUAGAAGAAGUUUUCCUAUGGAGAAAAGUAAAAUGCUAAAGAAAAAGAAUAAGGAAACAUUAGAUACUGGGGCUACUACAGGUGAAAACCAAAAAGAAAAUAAUCAAAAGAAAGAAACAAUUCUUUCCUUAAGAAGUAAACAAAAUCAGAAUAGACUUAGAAUGAGUUURAGACAAAAGAAAUCAGAAAAUUUCAAAAGCACUACAUUACUUAACAGUGAAAAUCUUGUUUGUGAAGGUAUAGCAAAUGAUGACCCUCUAAUGAUUUCUUCUCUGUGUGACAAGAAUAAAUCAUCAAGAAAAACCAGCACAUCAAUUAAAGAAAAGAUUAUAUAUCCUAAAGCUGAACCUGAAGACAGAUUGGUAAAUGUUUCCACACCUAAAUCAUCCAGACGAUCUAUAAGAAAUAGCAGCACACCUACUACCAUUAGAGGUCCUGAUUAUGAAGAUGUACAAGACAAUAGUCCAGUAAAGUUUUCUACUCCCAAAACAGCCAGUGUAUCAGAAAAGCAUAGCCUAUACACAGCAGAAUUACUAACAGUACCCUCUGAUUCAGAGAGCCCUAUUAGAAUGAAAUUUACCAGAAUUAGUACUCCCAAAAAAUCUAAGAAAAAAUAUAAUAAAAAGUCUAAGAAAUCAGAGGCAACUGGUGGAGAUUUUACUUCUCAAAAUAGAAAGGCAAGCAAAACUCAAAAAAAUAUAUCAAAAGCAAAACAAUUGAUCGAAAAAGCAAAAGCUUUACACAUCUGUAGGUCAAAGGCUACUGAAGAAACAGUGAUACCUUUAAGGCGAUCCUCUAGACAUCAGAGGCUUCCUGAAGGAGAGAAACCACCAAAAACAGAAGAUGUUAUAAUAAUAGAUUCAAGUCCUACUUCUUUAAAGACAUCAGAGAAAAAUCAGAAGAAACUUCAGUGUUUGAACGAUGUGCUAGGAAAAAAGCUUGAYAAGUCUCCUAAAAAUGUACCUGGAAAAAUGAAAGUUGCCCCUUUAUUUAUUGCCAGAAAGGUUCCCAAAACAGCUGAUCCUGACGUUGGUUUGGAAGAGAGCAGUCAAGAUACAUCUGAGAAAUCUCAGGACUGUGAUGUACAAUUUAAAGCAAAGCGUGAUUUUCUAAUGAGUGGUUUGCCAGAUUUGUUGAAACGACAAAUUGCAAAGAAAGCUGCUGUUCUGGAUGUGUACAAUUCAUUGAGUACCAGUUUCCAGAAAGUUGUUCAUAUACAACAAAAAGAUGAUGGGUGUUGGUUAUGGAAUUUGAAACUACCUUCUUGUCCUCUGUUAACUACAUUUAAGGAGUCUAAUACUAAAGUAAUAGAUCUCUCAAAAUGUGUUAUUGCUCUUGGUGAAUUUUCAACAUUGAAUUCAAAUUCAAAAAGUAAUUCUGCUGUCAUGCUUAUAAGGACAAGGAAGAAUUUUACUAACGAAGUAAGAAAUCUUUUGCUAGAAGAAAUUAGGUGGUCAAAUCCUGAAUUUUCUAUGGGAAAAUAUUUUCCCUUGCUUCUAAAAAAACAAAUUGAGCACCAGGCACUUUCUGAGUAUCAUGGUAAACAAGAAAAUCCACAAGUAGAGCUUGAUAACAAUCAAARAGAAAGCAAAAGGAAACGAGUGGAAAUAGAAAAUCAGAAGUCAAAAAGAAAGAAACCAAAUGAAUAUUCAGUAAGUCCAGUAAAGAUAAAUGGGAAGCCAGAAGAACUUGACAAAAGAAACAACUCUUUUGAGAAAAAGCUAGGUUCUUCCAAAGGUAUAUUUUCUAAAAUGUCUCGGAAGAAACAAACUGCUUUGAGUACACCAUGUAAAGUGAAAACAGGAGCAGUAGAAGAUGAUGAUAUUCUGAUCAUAGAUGGUGACAGAGAGUUUCCAGCAGAAAUAUCUUCCAUUUCUGAUUCUGGAACUGAAGACAUGCUUUGGACAGAAAAGUAUCAACCUCAGAAUGCCAGUGAACUCAUAGGCAAUGAGUUAGCUAUAAAAAAGUUACAUAGUUGGUUGAAAGACUGGAAGAGAAGAGCUGAACUGGAAGAAAGACAGAAUUUGAAGGGAAAAAGAGAAGAGAGACAGGAAGAUUUGUCAGAUAGCAAAGACUUUAAAGGCAGUUCAGAUGAUGAGGAAGAGAGUCGUCUUUGCAAUACUGUUCUUAUAACAGGGCCAACAGGAGUGGGAAAAACUGCUGCAGUGUAUGCUUGUGCUCAGGAGCUUGGAUUCAAGAUAUUUGAAGUAAAUGCCUCUUCCCAGCGCAGUGGUAGACAGAUUCUGUCUCAGCUGAAGGAAGCUACUCAGUCCCAUCAAGUAGACAAGCAAGGUGUAAACUCACAAAAACCCUGCUUUUUUAACAGCUACAACAUAGGCAAGUCACCGAAAAAAUUAAACUCUCCUAAGAAAGUUGUUACUUCACCAAGGAAACUUCCUCCAUCAUCACCAAAAAGUAAUGGGCAGAAGCGAGGAAUUCCCCCUAAAACUUUGGCAAAUUACUUUAAAGUAUCUUCCAAGUCCAAAAAUAAUGAAGAAAUAGGAGAACUUCUGGAAAGUAACAAAGGAAUUAAAAAUUCUUUGGAACAGAAGCAAAUUACUCAGACUAAAUCUGCAAGUGUACCUAAUUCAAACAUCAAAGAAUUUGGAGCUGAAGAACCCAACAGGAAAAAUGCAACAUCUCUUAUUCUUUUUGAGGAGGUUGAUGUCAUUUUUGAUGAAGAUGCUGGUUUUUUGAAUGCAAUCAAAACAUUCAUGGCAACAACGAAACGACCUGUAAUCCUUACUACAAGUGAUCCAACAUUUAGUUUACUGUUUGAUGGCUGCUUUGAAGAAAUCAAUUUCAGUACUCCUUCUCUGCUAAAUGUUGCCACCUACCUACAAAUGAUAUGUUUAACUGAAAAUUUCAGAACUGAUGUAAAAGACUUUGUAACCUUGUUAACUGCAAAUGGUUGUGAUAUCAGAAAAAGUAUCCUUUACCUACAAUUUUGGAUUAGAAGCGGAGGUGGAUUUUUAGAAGAAAGGCCAUUAUCCCAUUGUCGAGGAAAUAGCAGGAAUGAACAACUAGCUUGCUCUGAAGAUGGCCCUGCUUCCAAAAAUAACACUAGAAAUACCAAAAGCAAUCAUGUGGACCUUCCCAAAUGUGACACUGGCUGUGUUGAGACCUUGUUUGGACUCAAGAACAUUUUUUCCCCAUCUGAAGACUUAUUUUCAUUUUUAAAGCACAAAAUCACUACAAAGGAAGAAUGGCAUAAACUCAUCCAGCUUCUUACAGAAUUCCACAUGCAGGAUGUAGAUUUUUUAUAUAGCAAUCUUGAGUUUAUUCUACCAUUACCAGUUGAUAUCAUUCCAGAAUCAAAAACCAUUUGUGGCUCAUCAAUAAAUGUGGAUGCCAGUGCAGCAAGGAGCAUGAAGUGUCUUGCUAGGAAAUGUACUGAAGGAGAGCGGCCAUUGAAUAAGUCACAAAAAAAGAAACAUAAGAAAAAGAUCGUAACACUAGAUGAUAGUGAUUUAUUUGACAAUGACUUGGACUUUUCUGAAUUUAUUAACCUAUCACCUGCAUCUUCCUCAAAUUUAGAAGAAAACAAGACCAGAGACAGCAGUUCAGGGACAAAGAACCUGAACAAUAGUUUAGAGUCUAGCAUUGAACCUAUUCCUCAUCCUCCUAAAACACCAGCGGGGAAAAAAAGUUCUGUCCUUGUCUCUCGUUGUUUAAAUUCUCUCACUGAGUUUAUGGAUAACAUGUCCUUCUUGGAUGCCCUUUUAACUGAUAUAAAGGAACAGAAGGAACUUGGGAAAAAUGACUUUCGUUGGACAGAUGGAAUGGUUAAAAGUGGACUUUGUGAUGAGUUUAGUCUUGAGAGUAAUGAUGGAUGGACUUCUCAAAGCUCUAGAGAACUAAAGGCAACUGCAGAAGCUCUUACCUUUACUAAGUGUUCUUCUACUAUUUCAAAAGCAUUGGAAUCCUCCUUGAAUUCUUGCAAGAAAUUAGGAAGAGAUCCAACCAAGGAUCUUACUUUUAGUGUUUCACAAAAGCACAAUAAUGUAUGCUUUAGUCAGUCAGCAACUGAUUUAGACAGUGCUUGGAAGAGGAUAUCAGUCAUUAAAAGUGUGUUUUCUAGUCGAUCUCUUCUGAACCUGGGUAAUAGACAAGCUAGUGUAAUUGAAUACCUGCCAGUUCUCCGCAACAUCUGUAGGACUGAGAAGCUAAAAGAACAAGGAAAAAGUAAAAGAAGGUUUCUGCACUAUUUUGAAGGAAUUCAUCUUGACAUUCCAAAAGAGACUGUGAAUACUUUGGCAGCUGAAUUCCCUUAAUAUUCUCCAUUAAUAAUGUCUUGUACAGAUUAUGUGGUCCUUUAGAUGCAUUUUUGUAUUAUGUUGAUUUUCAUGGAAGAGUUUAUUUCUCUUAAUGUACA